AUGGCGACUAUCAAGGCAAUUGAGCCACGUACAAUCCACCAGAUCCAGUCUGGCCAGGUGAUAGUCGACCUCUGCUCCGUAGUCAAGGAGUUGGUGGAGAAUAGUGUAGACGCUGGCGCGACGAGUAUCGAAGUCCGGUUUAAAAACCAGGGGCUGGAUACCAUCGAAGUCCAGGACAAUGGGUUCGGCAUCUCACCAGAGAAUUACGAGACCUUAGCCCUUAAACAUUACACCUCCAAGCUUUCAACUUAUUCAGACCUGUCAACACUGCAAACUUUUGGUUUCAGAGGGGAGGCUCUAUCGUCGCUAUGUGCCUUAUCGAAGUUCUGGGUGACGACAUGCCUGGCAUCAGACGCACCUAAAGGGUCAAAAUUGGAGUUCGCGACAUCCGGGAAGUUGCAAAGCACGAGCGUCAUUGCUAGUCAAAAAGGCACUACGGUCUCGGUCGAGGGACUGUUCCACAACUUACCCGUACGCAGGCGUGAACUUGAGCGCAAUAUUAAGAGAGAGUGGAACAGGGUCAUCGGCGUCCUCAACAAGUACGCCUGCAUCCUGACGGGCGUCAAGUUUUCCGUCUCACAGCAGCCGACCAAGGGAAAGAAAGUUGUCUUAUUCUCGACCAAGGGAAACAAUACCACGCGAGACAACAUCGUCAACGUGUUUGGGGCCAAAACCGUCACUGUCCUCGUUCCCCUUGACUUACAGCUAGAACUAGAACCCACCAGUGCGCCUAGCCAACUUCGGAGUGCACAAGAAGAUAGAGACGCCAAAGAGAUACUAGUUCGAGGACAUGUAUCCCGCCCAGCGCAUGGGGAUGGCAGACAAACACCUGACCGGCAGAUGUUCUUCGUGAAUGGACGACCCUGCGCGCUGCCGCAGUUUGCCAAGGUUUUCAAUGAGGUGUACAAGUCCUACAACUCAUCACAAUCCCCAUUCAUAUUUGCUGAUAUACAACUUGAUACGCACAUGUAUGAUGUCAAUGUCAGUCCCGACAAGCGAACCAUCAUGUUGCAUGAUCAGACUCGAAUGCUCGAUAACCUUAGAGAGGCUCUAGUCCGGUUGUUUGAGGCACAGGAUUAUGCAGUGCCAGUUUCACAACUGGCCGUCCAAAAGCAACCUCCGUUCAGAAAGCUCACAUUCAGCCGUCAGGGAACCGUGGAAUCGGGGAGGCAACAGACAGAGACGCCUCCGGUCGAGAAGCACAGGUCUGAAUCAGACUCACAGUCCAUUCAUCCAGAUAGCAGAGAACCCAAGGAAGGUCGCAACGGAGAAUCCCGCGAAGACGAGGAGGUUAGUGGGCGGAGAAGCAAUGUUUCCAUAAAGUCGCUCGCCCUCGAUGAACAAGGAAUACGCCUCAUUAGUCGUUUGAAGGAGAGAACGUCUAGUGAGCGUGAUGGCUCUUCUGCAAAUGCCAGUACUUCCACUUCCAGGGAGCAAGCGGGCGAGAUACCUAGGUUGAAACCCCGGCUCAUCGCCAAGUUCAAACACACCAACAAACAAAACUCCACACAAGACAUUUCCGCGGAGAUCGCAGACGACGCUUCGGCGUCCGAGGCGGAGCCAGACGGAGAAUCUGACGAAACUCCAAGCCGCAUUCGUGACUUUAAUGCCCACCUAGAAGCACUUAACAGUACGAAAAGGACAACGGAUGCGAGGGAUGACCCCAGGCAGCGGCAGGAAAUUGAAGAACCCCCUAUUCCUGCUAUUUCUACAGCCAGUACGGUUGCAGCUACAGGGUCAAGCAGCUACAGCCAAACGACAUUCAAACGCACUGCUCCGGAGGUUGCUACUAUAACAAUCGGUGGCGAUACGAUCACCAGCGUCAUUGGAGGACCUGCCAAGAAGCCACGAAUAGACAAGUCCGGGGGCCAACGCUCGUCGGAUGGUCGUAAAUCCUCCAAAGGGAGUACACCUAUGCCCUCCUUUAAAGGCCGUUUGACACAAAUGUUUGCAGCAUCGAGCUCGGUGAAGGAGGCUAGUCGUGACGACACUGGAACGACAGAGUUAAUGGACGUCUCAUCUCGGUCUACAUCACCCAGUGAAAACCUGUUCGUCGAAGAUAAAGAUGAUGUGGAUAUCAGCAAAGAGUCUCAAGGUAGCGAUGAAGAUGUCGGGAGCAAGGAUGAGCAAAAACUGCACUAUGAUGCACAAUCCCUAGCCAGUAAAGAGCAAGGGGAAGAGCAAGGCGAGGAGAAGAGGCAGUCACCGUUUGACUCAAACGGUGACGAUUACGUGGAUGAAGAUGAAAGUAAAGCCCAGGAGUACAUCAGGGUACAGAAUGUGAUUGAUGCCGCAGAAAAUGCAGCAAAUACAACCUCUGAGGAGACGGAGAAACGCCAACAAAGCUUCAUUCGCGGCGUAACUAGGCGGAAAGACGGAACUUCUCAAUGUCUCCAGAAGCUUUGCAUGGACGAGAGAAGGUUAAAGGAGAUGGCUUCAACUUUGGAAAACAACCGGGCAGAUUUUGAUUCUAGCACAGAUGCAAAGUUGUCGGCGGAAAACAUCAAUGCUUCCGAUGCGGAGGAAAAGUUAUCUUUAACAAUCUCAAAGUCCGACUUUGGCAAGAUGAAGGUUGUCGGCCAGUUCAAUCUGGGCUUUAUAUUAGCUGUUCGAGCAGCAGAAACGAGCCUAGACGGCACGGAUACCCACGCCAAGGAUGACGAACUCUUUAUCAUUGAUCAGCACGCCACAGACGAGAAAUACAACUUCGAGCGUCUUCAAGCGAGCACCAUCGUGCAAUCCCAGAGGCUUGUCCAGCCCAAGACUCUCGAGCUGACCGCCAUCGAGGAAGAGGUCAUCAAGGAGAACAUGGACGCCCUUGAGACCAACGGCUUCAUGGUCAGCAUCGACGAGAGCGGCUACCAACCCGUCGGGUCCCGCUGCCAGCUCCUGAGCCUACCGCUAAGCCGCGAGACGACCUUCUCGCUGGCCGACCUCGAGGAGCUCAUCUCGCUCCUCACCGAGCACCAGUCCGCGUCUGCUACCACCGUACCCCGGCCGUCCAAAGUGCGCAAGAUGUUCGCCAUGCGCGCUUGUCGGAGCAGUGUCAUGAUUGGCAAGCCGCUGACGAAUAAGCAGAUGGAGAAGCUGGUUAGGCACAUGGGGGAGCUGGACAAGCCGUGGAAUUGCCCGCAUGGGAGGCCGACUAUGAGGCAUCUCGGUGGACUCGGAGCAUGGGGCAGUGCUGGGUGGAGGGAAGGGGAUGGGUUUGAUGGUGAGAGGCCGGGGCCGACGGAUUGGACGGCGUAUGUGAGGGAGAGGCGUGGGACAUAG